AAUGGCGCCGGGUCCCUGACGGGAGCGGGUCCGGCCGAGCGGCUCGGGGGGCCCCGGGGCCGCCAUGGCCGGCUGUCACAACGUCAUGCUGCUGCUGGACGCGGCGGGCGGCGCGGCGGACCCGAGCCGGCUCCGGCGCACCGCGCUGCGCCUCCUCACCUACCUCAGCGGCCGCUGGGGCCUGGCGCGGCUGCGCUGGGCCUUCAAGUUGUUCGACUCGCGGGGCGCGCGCGGCCGGCCGGCGCGCGGGGCCGACUUCCGCGAGCUGCGGGCCGGCGCGUGGCAGGACCUGGAGGCCGAGCUGGAGGCGCGCGCCGCGGCCGCCCCGCCGCCGGGCCCCGCGCCGCGGGCGGCCCUCACGCAGCGCGCCCUGCUCGAGGCGCUGCUCGACUACCAGUGGGACCGGCCCGAGAUCGCGUCGCCCACCAAGACGCCGCGGCGGCGGCGCGGCCGGAGGCUGCUGGACGCCGAGGCCGACGAGGCGGCGCGCCAGCGCCCCGGCCACGCCGUGUUCUUGCUGGCGCCGUGUCCGCGCUCGCGCCGCGACCUGCUGCAGUUCGCCGGCGAGGCGCCCGGCCCGCGCCGCGGCCUGGACCAGCUGCUGCCCAAGCGGCUGCAGGACGGGCUGCUCGCGCGCGGCAUCGCCCUGUGCUGGGUGGACGUCGGCGAGCGCGCGCCGCCGUGGGACUCCCAAGACCAUGUCGGAUACUGGACGGUAUGUGAACUGCUCCAGCACGUAGGAGGCACUGUCAUACCAUCAGAAACGUUCAGCCAGGACUUUGCUAGAACGGAGCAGAUGCUGCUUCGCACUGAAAGCAAGCUACUAAGAGAGCACCGUCACCCUUCCUGGAUUUCCACUCUGCCGACUGACUCCACUUUAAACCGUUUUCUCUGCCCUUCUGAGUAUGAAGCCUCCUUCCCUGGGACGGAAGGAACAUUAUUUCUCCCUGUUGAAGGCAAAGAGAGCUACAAAACCUGGACAGUCACCCUGGAGCCAUUGACCAUGCAUCAGAGACAUUUCCCAAAGCCAGUCCGGAUUUUCCUUCAAGGCCCAGUGGUCCAGUGGUCCCCUCCAAUGAGCGACACUGUCGCCACUGAGAACUGGAUGCUCCAAGGUCCUGAGGAGGAUUUGCUGGCCUCAGGGGUGUCAUUUCAGCAUCUAGUGAGCAGAUUGACUGCAGAAGAGUUACACUUGGUUGCCAGUGUGGACCUCGAGGAAGACUGGCCCCCCGUCACUGGAGUUCUUUCUCCUUUCUCCGCCAAUGCCACAAUUUUAACCGUGUUCCGCAUGACAGGGGCUGAAGUUCAAAGACACUUCCUCCAUGCGGCUGAGACAGAGAGCCCCCAGGAUGCAGAUCCUCUUCUCUCUAGUGUUCUGAAUUCUGUGCUGACUCAGAUGGACAACUCCCUUGAGGACCCUGCUGAUCCAGCCCCUGUGCCAGAGUGGGUGCAGCAGGAGCUUGGCCGCACCGCUCCCUGGAGUGCGGCUGUUGUGGAGAAGUGGUUUCCUCGUUCUAACUUCAGUGGCGCCAGUGCAAAUUUAAUGGAGUCAUUUUGGUUACUGCAGGCUGCCUCAUCUAAUAAAGAAGAGUCUUCCAGAAUUGAAAGUGAAUUGACACAAAGUCUCGCGGAGCUCUACCAGAGGAAGGCUCGUGAGGAAUCCACCGUGUCCAACCAAGAAGAAAGUAGAAAGAAACGCAGCGUUCCUCGCACCCCUGUGAGGCAAAAGAUGAACACCAUGUGCCGUUCCCUGAAGAUGCUGAAUGUGGCCAGAUUGAACAUGAAGGCUCAGAAGUUGAACCCAGACAGCAGUCCGGAUGCAGCGGGGGAGAAGGGCCUCCAGAGAGCAACAGGAGGCAGAGCAGAGCGAGCAGAAAACCGAGGAAGGACGCUCAGGAGUUCUAAACCAAAAGAUAUAAAAACUGAGGAGGCCCUGCUCUCUUACAUACAUGAAAGCUACCGAAAGGCUGUGGCUGCAGAGGAAGCUGGGCUGUACUCGUGUGCUCAGAACAUUGUCUCCACCGUUCAAGCUUUCCUAAAGUCCAAAGGCACCAAGGACUUUGAAAUUAGCUGCCUGAAUCAAAUAAGAAAUAACCUCUUUAAAACAAGCAAAAGUCUCCGAGAUAAUCUAGGAAAAGAACUCGAUAAGGAAGACAAAGUCAGAGAGUGCCAGCUGCAGGUGUUCCUUCGCUUGGAGCUGUGUCAGCAAUGUCCGUCACUGCGUGAAAGUGUGGGAGACCUGGAGCAGGUGGUGGAGGAGGCAACCGACUUGCUUCGUGCCGUGUGCCUCACCGAGGACUCUGCCUACCUAGCCAUGUUUCUGGAGGAAAUCUUGGGAUUGUAUAUCAGCUCAAUCCCAAAGAUGCUGGGAGACCUGUACAACAGCCUGGGCUUUGUGAUCCCUCCAAAGCUGGCCAGUGUCCUGCCUGCGGACUUUUUCAGUGAUGACUCCCUGUCUCAGGAGAGCAAGUCGCCACUGCUUUCUGUGCCCCACAUAUCCAGUGCACCUCAGGUCACAGACUCUGACCAGCUUGAAGAACUUCGCACCAGAUCAGCUAAGAAGAGAAAGAAAAAUGCAUUAACACGACAUAAAAGCAUCGCAGAAGUUUCACAAAAUCUUCGACAAAUUGAAAUUCCCAGAGCGUCUAAAAGGACUGCCAAAAAUGAAAACUGUGUCCCCACACUUCAGCAGCCGCCGCACCUAGUGAAAGAGACCGUGCAAGAAGUGACCAAAGUGCGGAGAAACCUCUUCAACCAGCAAAUGACCUCACCUUCAAAGAAGUCGCUAAAGCGGGCGCUGCCAAGGAGCCAUUCUGUGUCUGCCGUGGAGGGGUUGGAGUACACUCAAGACAGCUCCAAGAGGUCCAGAGGGGUUCACCGGCUGCUGACCAAGAACGUGGCAGAAACGCCAGUGCACAAGCAGAUAUCCAGAAGGCUGCUCCACAGACAGAUCCAGGGCAGAUCCUCUGACCCGGGGCCUGAGGUCGACGUCGUUGAAGAAUCCCCACUAAAAGGAGAUGAUGAAGCAGGUCUGAGACGAAGUCCUCGAAUCAAGCAGUUGUCAUUAACCAGGACGAAUUCUGGCUCCUUCUACUCCCUGUCUCAGCCGAAGUCUCGAAGUGUACAGAGAGUUCACUCACUCCAGCAAGCCAAGUCAGACCAAAGAGAAGACUCCCCAGUCCAGCUUGUUCAGACUCCCAAGAGGCUCCUUUUUGGCGCGGUGAUGAAGAUGACCUGUCCCUCCGAAAAGACGUCAUCCCGGAAGAAAAGGCCUUCAGGAGGCACACCAGGAUCCGAGAGCACGUCCACUUACCAGACACCAAAGAAGAGUCCUCAGACUGCUCGCAGCUCUUCUAAAGCAACGCCUGGGAAGACCCCUCGGACCCCGCAGGCUCCCUUCUGCACCCCUGAGAGACUGCAGGGACCCCCCUUAGAAACGACACCUGCCCGACGGGCGCUUUGUGGGGGGCGCUUAGCAGCCGUCUCUCCCCAUGACUGGGACUCGCCCUGGCCACAAGGCACUUUGCUGCGAGGGGACUCCCAGGCAGGUGGGGCGUCCCCGAGAGAGGAGAGCCCAAGGACACGCUGCGGGCCGGCUGGCCGGACCCUUGAAUUCCUGGUGGAUUCUCCUCAGCACCCCCCAGCAGCUCCCAGUCCCGAGAGCCCCACUCAGCUGCUAGCCUGGGUUCCGGGCGCUGUGGGGGCGGGAUGUGAGUGUCUUGCACAGGGGCAAGCUGCCCGUGAGGGCGCCUCUCCAGAUCCCAAGCACCAGCACCCCAGUUUAGGCCCCCAGCAGCCAGGCCACCCCGCCACACUGCCUUCCUCACCACCUCACACUCCACCAUGUGGCAGCUCUGAGAGUCCCCCAUGGACAUCCGUGCCCCAACCUCUCACCGGAGAAGCCAGCGGCCUCGCCUCCACUCCCCACAGAGACUCACAGCGAGCUCAGCCUGAGCCCAGCUCCCCGGCCCCCACCUCCAAACUUGGACAAAAACCCAGGACGACUGCCCUGGGGUGCACCCCCAGCCCUGCUGCCAGCCCGCCUGAUCACCAAGCACUGCCCCCUCUGGACAGCUCUCCUAAAAGAUGGGGCUCCCCUGCGACCAGCCUCGGCAGGGAUGUCUGCUCUCCUCUGCACAGACCUGGUGACAUGCAGCCUGUCCUUGUCCCAGAGCAGGCUGGUGACCCCGUCCAUGGCAGCUCCAUCACAGACAUUCAGCCCAUGAGGGAAGGCAAGGGGUUCCGACUGCCCGGUGUCUCUGAGGAACCUCUGCCUGACUCUGGGGUCCCUGUGUCCCCGCUGUCCUUGGGGCCCAGCUCUCCCUGGAUGCCAUCUUCCCUCAGCCUCCCCUCAGCUGCCCCUCAGCUGGAGGGCCUGCCAGCUUGUACCCCACCCAUGCAGGCCCCUGCCAGCCCCCAGGCCUACAAGCUGGAGCUGGGCAUGUCCACCAUGGACCUUCCAAGACUACGAGUCCAAAACAGAGACCCAAGCGCAGAGGCUGAGCCCCUGGACGGGAAGGGCCCCCUGCCUGGUGGGGGUGCACCCAGCACCAGGAAGUCUGCCAGUAAGCCUGAGACUGUGCACCCACUGACACCCUGCCUCCGGCCCUCACACAGCACGCCUGGCAAAUGUGGCGGCCAGAUCUACAUCUGCCAGUCCUGCACCCCUACCCGUUGUCAUGCCAACCCCUCUCCAUUGCAGGCAGGCACAGGGGUUCCCUGGACCCCGUCACCAAAGCCCAGUGGGAAGAGCACACCUGAGGCCAUCCAGGACUGGCCCCGGAAGAAAAGGGCCGUGGACUGCGGGGUGGGCAGGGCUGAGGGUGGCCUGGACCCCGCUGGGGCUCUGGCAGUGCCAGGGCCCGAGUUCCAGGAGCCAGGCAUCGAGCUCCACCCUUCCCACAAAGGCCCCCCUCUCUUGGGGGAUUUUGAGCUUGAGGGGGUGUGCCAGCUGCCUGAGCUGUCCCCUCCCUGGACUGACGGGUCUGCCCCUGAGGAUGCCUCCUGGGGACAGCUGGGCACGGGGGCCAGGAAGAGACUCCUCUCCCCACAGGAGGAAAUAAAGUCUCAGGCCAAGAGGGCAUGUGAACUGCUGCGAGGAGACGGGAUGCCCCAGAGGAAUGAAGAGGGGUCCCCAGGACUCGGGCGGCCGCUGCCCUCCCCUGACAGUGACGAUGUAUUUGUCUCAGGGCCUGCCCUGUCUCCUGGCUCUGCCAUGCGGAGCUGCCUCUCUGCCAGCAGCCUCCAGGCCCUGACGCAGUCCCCGCUGCUGUUCCAGGGCAGGACGCCCUCCACACCAACUGCCAACACCAGAGGGGGUGACGGGGAUGCCAUUCUCCCCAUGGCUGAGGAAUCCCCGUUCAGCCGAGCACUGGCCAGGAGGUGCCCUGUCAGGACGUACACGCGGAAGAAGCUGCUGAGCUAGGAAGGAACCUAGGACUCGGCUAUCACACCCUUGAACUGCCCAGACGUGUCCGCAGACACCCUGGAGGGUGCCUGACCAGAGGCCCAUAAAUGCACUUCCCCUGGGCAAGGCUGCACUGGGGGGCCAGACACUGGGACCCAGAGUGCCCAAAGAGGAAGAGGCACCAGGUCCCAAGCCUGUGACCUUCACUGCUCCCUGGCCAGGGAGGGGGUCGGGCUGGGCAUACUCUGGGCACCAGGAGCCAGACAGCUGAAGACCAGGGACCCCUCCAGACUCCCUUGUACAGAAGUUGGACACACACAUACCCCUGACCUGGGCCAGAGCUGCUGCUGUCAGUUGGUCAGGCUCAGGACAAUGCAUUUUAGUUUCUACCUA